AUGACAAUUUUUCUGUGCUAUUUGCAGAGGAAAUUUUCAGUCAAACCUUCAGUCUUUGUGACGUCAAAGCAUUACAAUCCAGGACUAAAACGUGACGCCUCAAGUGUAUGGCUUGAAGAUGUAACAAAAUCAUCUUGUAAAGUUUGUAUGAGAGAACUGCAGAAUUAUGCUGGAUCGCACCGACAUAUUUUUGUGGUAAGUAUAAUGUAUCCCUAAGUUAAUGUCAAAAACAGAUCAUGCAUUGGGCUGCAACGGGCUUUAUAAGUUACAGGUAAUUCUACGGAUACCCUUAAAAAGAACAGCCCGUAGUUAUCAUAGGUCGAACAACUCUGCAAAUUCAUCUUAGAAUUAGUUAUUAAAAGGCGCAAAUUACUUUUCAACAUUCUUCACCUUCACACCUCAUGCCCAUUGCAUUUUAUUAUUUAUCUAUGCAUGCCGGUCGAUUAACGAGAAAUAACGGGUUGUUGAUUUUAUUUUCAGAAUUGGCUGGCCUUUUCGGAUCUUCCCAACCCUCCCUUUUCAGAACAUAACUCUAUCUACUUUGCAAAUGAUAAACCUCCCAACAGCAGACAUUAUAAUGCAUUUUGCAAGGUCAGUAUGAGCGUUUGCGUUUGAAUCCAAAUCUCAGUGAAAAAGCCUUUUUUCUUUACCAUCUGAUGGUAGUUAUCAAGUUUUACUUUCAGACCAUUAAAGCGAAGGUGUUUACAUAAUACUGACAAUUCCACAGGUCACGCAUUCGCUACUUCUAUACCGCAGUCACCUCUAUAAUGGAGUCUGUCCAUUUGGUGUUUGUAUGCAUUGAAUAGUUUUAAGAAUUAAAUGUAAGUUUUCCGUGAAAGGAGAAUGAUAGAGCAAAAGCAUAAAAUCCAUUUGAAUGGCAAUUUCAAGUUAUCAAAGGUUUAAAGUUUAGUUGUAGCCUUUGUUUCAAAGGGCUUCUUGUGCUGAGCUGAGUAAAUUCAACUAGCGUUGGCCUCAAAAUCUGUUUCGUCUUACUGUAUUUGUUUCACAGAUUUGAGCUUCUCAGUUUGGAAGUGUACUUUAUAGUGCCAGCCCAGUUUAUUGUGAACGUUGACAUGGCAUGCUUUUCCCAAAAUUUUAAGCUCAAAGUUAAGAAUUAGUUCAUUCACAAUAAUCUCAAAAUCGUCAGGAAAACAAAAAGACCUCCUUUUUCAAAGGCGGAGCAAGGCCUAAUCAAAACCGAGGUUCUCAAAUUUCACUUUGUUUCAUUUUUACCCGUCUCUAGUCAAGGACACUUUAAGGUAUUAUCUAUGAACAGUAAAGUAAGAUUUAGUCAUCCAUUUCUCUACAACUUGACUAUAUAAACUAUAAAGUGAAAUAACUAAAGAGGUGUGUGAAUUAGACGAUAUCUUGUUAACAAUUCCCCUUUAAGUUGAAAUAUUUUCUUUACCUUUUAUAUAUAGGAGGCAAUCUUUGCCAAAAGUUAUAACACAACGCCACACGUCUUCGUUUCUGCUUCUCACUCGACAAAAGGAGGGAAUCAAAGUCCAGUUCAUAACAGCAUAGCUGCCUGGGUAGAGGUUGGUAACUAGUGAUGUCAGGAUAUCAAAUUUCAUAUUAAAUUAAGAGUAGUAUAGUAGAGAACUAAUUAACCUUUUUUCGUGGACGAAUCUCGUCAUUCUGCUGAGGAAUACAUAAACACCGAUGAUGUUAUGACCUUUUGUCUUUAUUCCUUGAAUAGUAACCUGUGAAUAAUAAUAAUAAUAAUAAUAAUAAUAAUAAUAAUAAUAUUCAUCAUCAUAAUCACAACAUAUUUAACCGGGGUAAACCUGUCAGUGAAAGCUGUUAUAAAUGGGGAGAACGAUACCAAUUUCAGCACUGAAGAAUACAGUCAACUACAACAAAUAAAGAUAAAAAUAAGUAGUUACGGUUGUAUACUGGUGCUUGGGCACCAGUGAAAAAAGUGCCUUUCUUAGCAGAUUCUGUGCGUACUGCAGAAAUUAAAGUAUCUAAAUAUAGGUGGAAUCUCAUUAACAUAGGUCGUGUGCCAUUUUAAGGAGGUUUAACCGGUUUACACUGGGGCUUUCUAGAACUUGUUAGGGAAACAAAUGCGUUGCUUUUUGAUAGGUUGACUAAAAAAAGUAAAGUAUUCUUUUGUAGAUUUAUGCUGUCAAAGUAAUAAGCGCUAGCUCCCUUUUGACAUGAAAUCGCUGAGUAAGUGUCCAGUUCUCCUGCUUUCAUUGCCCAAAAUUUUUUUCCAGGUUAGGUUCUCUGUUUCUUGGCGAGCAAAUCGUGCAUAUUGAUGAGUUCGAAGACAAACUAGCUCUUUCUAAUAACAAACCGAAUUUUUAACUUACCCGAGUCCCCCUUCUUCUUCUCCACAAUUCAGUUUUUUCGCUUCGCCUCCCUUUUGUGGUUUUCCUUUCAGCACGAAAACCACCACAACAGUCUCCAGAAGCACAUUUUCUUUGUUUUUCCGGUCCUCCUCCACCACCACCACCUUACUAUUGUUUUCCCACUACUACCACCUUUCUAUUGUUUUCUCUCUUUCUCCACCAGCACUACUGCCACCACCAAAUUUCUAGUGUUUUCCCUCCCUCACCUGCCCAUUUCUAUUGCAUUUCCAUUGUUUUCCAUACUCCACCACCACCACCACCACAUCCCAAUGCGUAUUUCCACCACUACCACCAUAUUCCAAUGCGUAUUUUAGGACUAAUGUUUAGUGCUUUUACAUACAGCAUAUUAGCAGGAAAGGCUUUCGGGUUUGUGUCAAAGAACUGUAUGAGGCAAAAUACGACCCACUCUUCAUAUCCUACAUAGUUUUGUCAGGUAAGAACUUUACUGCAAAAAAGAGAAGAUUUCUUACGGUAUGUCUUUCAAUAUUGUCUCUUAUUUGUGACUCAAUGCGGUGAUUUAUGCGCACAGAUAUCUGUCCAGAUGGAUGGGAUUACUUCAAUGGAUACUGCUAUUUAACGAGCUCUGUUUGCGCACCUUGGGUGACUGCAGUGUCCAACUGUUCAGCUAUGAACUCACAUCUGGUAACAGUGCACAACCAAGAAGAAAAUGUCUACAUACAGCACCGUCACAAUGGCGAGCGAUCAUGGAUUGGCCUUAAUGACCGAAGCGUCGAGGGAUCUUUUGUGUGGACAAACAAGGAAAUAAUCAGUUUUCAGUUCUGGGCUCCGCAACAACCAAACAACUUGAAAAACGAAGACUGUGUCCACGCCCUUGGUGCAGAGGAUGGCUACACUUGGAACGACGUGUCAUGUGAUAAAUGCUAUAACUAUACUUGUGUUAAAGGCAUGUUUUGA